CACCCUUAAUUCCGGCAUUAUUGUGGAUGGAAAAAUUCUGUGGAAUCUCCAAUGUCCCUCCGUCGACUGAGAGAUAUGAAACAAUAUCGGUAUCUUCCUCUAAUAGCUUUUUCAGCUCUAGUGCUCCUAUGCAUACGUUUGUAAAAUUCUUCUCAACCAAUUGGAACCACCCACGACGUAUCGCUUCUCAAUUUUCAAACGAACCCAGAAAGCUCAGAGUUGGUGGAAGUUUUGAGGAGAGCAUCGAUGGCAGACAGAACGAUCAUACUUACCAUUGUUGAGGAAGCCUGGACUGGUCCUGGCUCUGUUCUUGAUCUCUUCCUAGAGAGCUUUCGGAUUGGCCAAGGGACCAAAUGGCUCUUGAAUCACUUGAUCAUUGUCACUUUAGGCAGGCAAGCAUUUCAGUACUGCAAGUCCUGCAUCCCCAUUGCUUCCAGCUCACACCAAUUGGAGUAUCGAAACCUUCUACCGGAGAGCAACUCCACCAGCACAGUCGGGAUAGACAUGACCUGCUGCAUAAAGUGCUUCAACUAGGCUACAAUCUUGUUUUCACAGAGGUGGAUGUUAUGUGGUUCAGAAACCCAAUACCACACUUCAACCCCCAAGAUGAAGUCACAAUUCCAUGUGAUCUCGAACCGAAAGAUGGAAGCAAUAAACAGGAUAGGGGGCUCUUUUAUGUGAAAUCGAAUGAUAUAUCAGUCGAAUUCUUCAACUACUUGAAAUUGGUCGGGGUCCUAUACCCCAACACUCCUUUUGAAUCUCUCUGUGAGAUUGCAACAGAACAGGAGAUUAUGGAAAUGCUUGGAAUGCGCAUAAAAUUUCUUGAUAAAGCUGAUUUUGGUGGAUUUUGUCAGCCACUUAAGAACAAUAGUGAAUUUCAUACCAUGCAAGCAAACUGCUGUGAAAAGAUUGAAAGUAAGGUCCAUGAUCUAAAGCUUGUCCUAGAUGAUUGGAGAAACUUCACAAGACAAUCAUCAAAUAAUAGCUUGGGGACAUUGUCCUCAUGGAGAGCCCCAGACAAAUGCAUCCAAUAAGAAUUUGCUUAUUGCUGCUACAUUCAGUUUACUUGCAGAGAAUUAAUCAUGAUCAAAAUUCUGGAUUCAAUUCUUAUAUGCAACGAAGGAUUCCAUUAUUUUCACAAUUUGGUAAGGGGAGUAGGGAUCAGUAUUUAUCAAGUAUUUCUCCAUAAUGCUAGGCUUUUAUGGUUAAGCUUCAUAUACAUUUCAGUAAAAAGAGAAAAUAAAAAAAAUGUGAGAAACUUUAUGUAAAACUAAGAAUGAAGGCUACAGCAUUUAUCUAUUUGAA